AUGACCAAGUUGUUUGUCUGUUGCUGCCCUCCAGGCACUGGCACCAACGCCUGCUACAUGGAGGAGAUGCGUCACCUGGAGCUGGUGGAGGGGGACGAGGGGAGGAUGUGUGUUAACAUGGAGUGGGGGGCGUUCGGGGACGACGGCGCUCUGGAUGACCUUCGUACAGACUUUGACCAGGAGAUCGAUGCCGGCUCCCUCAACCCCGGCAAACAGCUGUGAGUGACAGACAGACACAUGGCCCGCCCUCUACUUCUACUAUACUUUCUAUUACACUAGUCCUCUCUAUCUGUUGCCCAAUCCCACCUGGAAAAUAUAUCAACCUCCAGCUGCCAUAUAGAUCCGGCUUUGUGUUGAAAGUGUUAUUUUCAGCUUGUUGUUAAGUAUCACCCUCAGCAUUUACUCACAGCUAGCCAGGUAUUCUUGUAAAUGUGUGUGUGUGUGUGUGUGUGUGUGUGUGUGUGUGUGUGUGUGUGUGUGUGUGUGUGUGUGUGUGUGUGUGUGUGUGUGUAGGUUUGAGAAGAUGAUCAGUGGGAUGUACAUGGGGGAGCUGGUGCGUCUGAUCCUAGUGAAGAUGGCCAAGGAGGACCUGGUGUUUCAGGGUCACACCACCCCUGACCUCGUCACCAAUGGAUACCUCCAGACCAGCUUUGUCUCCGCCAUCGAGAACGUCAAGUUAGUAGUUUGUGUGUGUGUACAAUAUGUGUGUGAAACUGUGGGCCUAUCUUGAUAUAGCAUGGUCUAUGAUGAUGAUGAUGAUGAUGAUGAUGAUAGGUAGUAAAUGUAAUUCAUACAAAUACCAAACUUAAUGUUAUACUUUAUAAGCCGGUAUGUAACUGAGGUGGUGUUCUUUUCCUGACAGAGACAAGGAGGGUCUGGUGAGUGCAGAGAAGAUGCUGAGGGGGCUGGGCCUGGACCCCUCUGUGGAGGACUGCGUGGCCACUCAGAGGGUGUGUCAGGUGGUGUCGACCCGGGCCGCCCACCUAUGUGCUGCCACCCUGGCCGCUGUGUUGAGACAGAUCAGAGACAACAAGGCUGCAGAGAGGCUUAGGACAACAAUAGGAGUGGACGGCUCUGUCUACAAGAACCACCCACAGUGAGUGGGGGGGGGGGGGUUGAGUGCGUGCAUGUGUGAGUGCUUGCGUGUGUAUUAGUGCAUGUGAGUGCAUGGAGAUACUGUACUCUGGGGUUAUCUCUAACAUAGUUGGGGUCAAUGACGCUGUCAUUACAGCUCCCGUCAAUUGAGGAUAGAACAGAUGAAGUGUUGCACUUGACAUGGCACUCCGAUAAUCUACACUGAGGCACUAGUGCUCUUCCUUCUAUGACAUUAGAAUUAACUCAACUAGACUGCACAGUGUAAUUACAGUGGAACUGACCCUCCAAUCUUUAAGCCCCCAUGCAGUCAAAAUUGUCAAAGACUCCAGCCACCCUAGUCAUAGACUGUUCUCUCUGCUACCGCACGGCAAGCGGUACCGGAGCGCCAAGUCUAGGUCCAAAAGGCUUCUUAACAGUUUCUACCCCCAAGCCAUAAGACUCCUGAACAGCUAAUCAUGGCUACCCGGACUAUUUGUAUUGUCGUCGUACCCCCCACCCACCCACCCCCUCUUUUACACUGCUGCUACUCUCUGUUUAUUAUCUAUGCAUAGUCACUUCAACUCUAUCGACAUGUACAUAUUACCUCAAUUACCUCAACUAACCUGUGCCCUCGCACAUUGACUCUGUACCGGUACCCACUGUAUAUAGCCUCGCUACUGUAAUUUUACUGCUGCUCUUUAAUUAUUAUAUAUAUAUUUUUUUUAUAUAUUUUUUAUUUAACACUUAUUUUUCUUAAAACUGCAUUGUUGGUUAAGGGCUUGUAAGUAAGCAUUUCACUGUAAGGUCUACACCUGUUGUAUUCGGCGCAUGUGACAAAUACAAUUUGAUUUAAUUAAGCAUUUAAAUCAUCACUGUAUGUCUAAUAAAUCACAGUGUGUGUUUAUUUAAUGAAAAUAACUCCAAAAUAUAGGUUUUAUAAUUUCUUUCCUUGAGCCCAGGGCCUAAAAAAAGUUUGGUCCACCAACCACUGUGGCAGGUAGAUUUAAAAAUCUACCAGCCACUCAGAUUUUUUACCUUCCAAAAUUGUUUUGUUGUUGCUAAAAUUACACCAACAAAACACAAAAAACGGAUGAACAUGCUUUGUAAUGUUUCUUCAACAAUAAUCCUUUAUUACUAGUAAGGUAGCCUGGUGGGUAGGAGCGUUGUGCCACUAACUGGAAGGUUGCUGGAUCGUAUCGCCGACAAGGUAAAUGUCGUUCUGCCCCUGAGAAACUGCUCCCCGGGUGCCGAUGAUAGUGCCAGGUUUCCUCCAGACAUGACACUUGGCGUUCAGGCCAAAGAGUUCAAUCUUGGUUUGAUCAGACCAGAUAAUCUUGUUUCUCAUGGUCUGAGAGUCCUUUAGGUGCCUUUUGGCAAACUCCAAGCGGGCUGUCAUGUGCCUUUUACUGAGGAGUGGCUUCCGUCUGGCCACUCUACCAUAAAAGGCCUGAUUGGUGGAGUGCUGCAGAGAGGAACUCUGGAGCUCUGUCAGAGUGACCAUCGGGUUCUUGGUCACCUCCCUGACCAAGGCCCUUCUCCCCUGAUUGCCCAGUUUGGCCGGGCGGCCAGCUCUAGGAAGAGUCUUGGUGGUUCCAAACUUCUUCCAUUUAAGAAUGAUGGAGGCCACUGUGUUCUUGGGGGCCUUCAAUGCUGCAGAAAUGUUUUGGUACCCUUCCCCAGAUCUGUGCCUCGACACAAUCCUGUCUCGGAGCUCUACGGACAAUUCCUUUGACCUCAUGGCUUGGUUUUUGCUCUGACAUGCACUGUCAACUGUGGGACCUUAUAUAGACAGGUGUGUGCCUUUCCAAAUCAUGUCCAAUCAAUUGAAUUUCACAGCAAAGGGUAUGAAUACUUACACUACCAGUCAAAAGUUUGGACACACCUACACAUUCAAGGGUUUUUCUUUAUCUUUACUAUUUUUUACAUUGUAGAAUAAUAGUGAAGAUAUCAAAACUAUGAAAUAACACAUAUGGAAUCAUGUGGUAACUAAAAAAGUGUUAAACAAAUCCAAAUAUAUUUUAUAUUUGAGAUUCUUCAAAUUGCCUUGAACUAAUGAACUUAUCCUCUGCAGCAGAGGUAACUCUGGGUCUUCCAUUCCUGUGGCGCUCCUCAUGAGAGCCAGUUUCAUCAUAGCCCUUGAUUGUUUUUGCUACUGCACUUGAAGAAACGUUCACAAUUCUUGAAAUGUUCCAUAUGACUGUCCUUCAUGUCUUAAAGUAAUGAUGGACUGUCGUUUCUCUUUGCUUAUUUGAGCUGUUAUUGCCAUAAUAUGGACUUCUUCUGUAUAACCCCCCUACCUUGUCAAAACACAACUGAUUUGCUCAAACACAUUAAGAAGGAAAGAAAUUCCACAAAUUAACUUUUAAGAAGGCACACCUGUGAAUUGAAAUGCAUUCCAGGUGACUACCUCGUGAAGCUGGUUGAGAGAAUGCCAAGAGUGUGCAAAGCUGUCAUCAAGGCAAAGGGUGGCUCUUUGAAGAAUCUCAAAUAUAAAAGAUUUCUUGAUUUAUUGAACACUUUUUUGGUUACUACAUGAUUCCAUAUGCGUUAUUUACAUUUACGUCAUUUAGCAGACGCUCUUAUCCAGAGCGACUUACAAAUAGGUGCAUUCACCCUAUAGCCAGUGGGAUAACCACUUUACAAUAUCUUUUUUUUUUUUUUUUUUUUUUGGGGGGGGGGGGGGGGGGGGGUAGAAGGAUUACUUUAUCCUAUCCCAGGUAUUCCUUAAAGAGGUGGGGUUUCAAAUGUCUCCGGAAGGUGGUGAGUGACUCCGCUGUCCUGGCGUCGUGAGGGAGCUUGUUCCACCAUUGGGGUGCCAGAGCAGCGAACAGUUUUGACUGGGCUGAGCGGGAACUAUGCUUCCGCAGAGGAAGGGGAGCCAGCAGGCCAGAGGUGGAUGAACGCAAUGCCCUCGUUUGGAUGUAGGGACUGAUCAGAGCCUGAAGGUACAGAGGUGCCGAUCCCCUCACAGCUCCAUAGGCAAGCACCAUGGUCUUGUAACAGAUGCGAGCUUCAACUGGAAGCCAGUGGAGUGUGCAGAGGAGCGGGGUGACGUGAGAGAACUUGGGAAGGUUGAACACCAGACGGGCUGCGGCAUUCUGGAUGAGUUGUAGGGGUUUAAUGGCACAGGCAGGGAGCCCAGCCAACAGCGAGUUGCAGUAAUCCAGACGGGAGAUGACGUAGUUUUGAUGUCUUCACUAUUAUUCUACUAUGUAGAAAAUAGUAAAAAAUAAAGAAAAACCUUUGAAUGAGUAGGUUUGUCCAAACUUUUGACUGGUACUGUAUGUAAAUAAGGUAUCUGUUUUUCAUUGUAAGAAAUUUGCAAACAUUUCUAAGAACCUGUUUUCGCUUAGUUAUUAUGGGGUAUUGUGUGUAGAUUGAUGAGGACAUCUUUUUUUUAACGGGCCAUAGCCAUAGCCCGGUGUACCCCAGAUUAAUCGAACCCCCUCCCUGCUUUUGCUUCAGUUGUGUGACCUGUGCACAGUCAAAAGGAAAUUACAUGCUUGCAAACCUGGUUAGCUACGUGAUUAAAUUAGUUGGUUUUCAACAAAUCGACUGUUUUAGACUAUUGUAUUUUAACCAAGCAAGAUAAAUAAAUGUUCAAUCAAUACUGAAUGAAUAUUUUUUUUUAUUUUAAAACGAACGCAUCGAGACUGUUAAUUUAAAUGGUCUGUCGAAGUCAAUGUUUGAAGAACAGGGUUCGUAGUGUAAUGGUUAGAUACCGCCUGUGGAUCUGAAGAUUGUGGGUUCGCCUCCUGUAGGAUACAUCUUUACCAUUAUUUAGUUUAUAGUUUGACAGCCCUUUCCCGACACACACACACUUAUUUUCAUUUAUUAGGUUGCUCUUAAAAGAGCCUUUGGUGCAGUGAGUGUGGUGCUGUGUACUACUGUGUGCGUCUUGCUAGAACAGAGGAGAGACCAGCUCUGACUCUCAAGGAGGAGGUCGUUACCCUCAUCCGUGUGAUGCACGCCAUACCUAUGUUACUGCCCAGUGACACAGUGCUUUAUGGCAGAGUGGCGGAUUGUGGGCAUGCGCCUUUCACAGAGAAAUGCAAACACAAGCCGGUUGACAUAGCACCGGGCCAUCUCUAUGCGCUUGUUGAUGUCCUCCUCCCACUGGAACAUCCAACUCUGCCGCUGCGCGAUGUCAGAGUAGACCACCGUUGUCCUGAGGAACAUUCGGAUGACUACUGUGAUGAGUGUGAUUAGAAGGAGUCAGGCGCAGGAGGGUAAAUCACCGAAUACAGAGUUUAUUCCGUCGUACACAGUUGCGCUGGAUUGCGACAACAAAAUACAGGCACAGGGGAACAAUCUACCCCGGCAAUACAAGGAACGGGUAGCUCCAACAAAAUACAGGCACAGGGGAACAAUCUACCCCGGCAAUACAAGGUACGAGUAGCUCCAACAAAAUACAGGCACAGGGGAACAAUCUACUCCGGCAAUACAAGGUACGAGUAGCUCCACCAAGCUACACUCAACUCACAUAAAACAAUCACCCACAAGGACAAGGGGGCAGACUAAUGAGGGGAUAUGAACCAGGUGUGUGUAAUUGACAAGACAAGACAAGACAAAUGGAAUGAUGAGAUAUGGAGCGGCAGUUGCUAGUAAGCCGGUGACGACGAAUGCCGAAACCUGCCCGAACAAGGAGGGGAGGCAGCCUCGGCGGAAGUCGUGACAACUACCUCCAAAUCAGCUCGCAUCUGACGCACCAGGGCUGUCCCCUUUGUGUGUCCCAAGUCGAUUUGACCGAGGUGGAUGACUAUGAUGUCAGGGGGAGCAGCAGCACAGGCCCUCUGCUGGCACAGGAGAUGGAGCAGUUUGCCCCACUUCAUUCCUCACUCUCCGAGCCACCUAAUGUGACAGUAGUCAAGGGAGAGGUUGUGAUGUAUUAUAAUUUUGUGUAAUCAACUUCCGGUGUAAAAACCAUGGAAAUUAGAAACAGAAAACUGUUUUAAGUGAGAAGUAGGCAUUGGUUUGAAGACGAAAAAGAAAGGAAAUUCACGAGAACCACAAUGCCUACUUCACCCAUGCUCAACCAAGGUUUUCUAGCACACAGCUUUGACCUACUAAAGUAGCUAUGUUGGUCUAUUGUACUUUAAACAACGUGUAGGCAGGUUGCUUAGGAUUCAAACCUUCUCAAACACCCUAAUUAAUACUCUUCAGAGGGAUAAUGGACCUUACAAUGUCCUGAUAUUGAAAUAAUAUAUAUAUAUAUUAGGGGUGUGCCGAGUACUCAAAUAAAGUGAGUAUCGUAAUGGGGGUGGAGAAUAUUCCGAAUACGAUUAAGUAUUUUUUGUAAUUAUCCGUGAUCGGAAAAAAUUUAUUUUCAGCUGCCAGCACGCAUCUCUCUUUUACUCAAACAGUGUGAAGCGCUGUGUGCUCUUAACAACUGUUGGGUAAUUCUUCUGUCUGUAGAGAAACAGGCGGGAUAUCAAUUGAACCUGCUGCAACGAUUGGAUUAGAACAAGCUGCUCUCCCUCUGCUCACAUUUCUCCAGACAGACACCCGUGUUGCUCUGUUUCACGCACUCACAGUCGCUCGUCUCAGGGCACAAGUCUCCCCUUCUCCAAACGUUGUGUAUGAAUCAUAAUCUUUGCUGAGGCCAUAUGGUUGUUUUUGCCUGUCUACUUGGUGUUGUUUAGUUGGCCUACUUUGUCUGUCCGUAUAAUUAUUCCAUUGCUGACAACGUGAUCCAAGCCAACUGUAAUUUGCCUAUGUGGUCAUGACUCAAAAAAUGAAAUGCUAUUGUACAUUGUCAAGUUUUAUUUUAAUACAUUCCGACUCAACUUGAUACUCAAACAAUCUACACCUCCCUGAGUUUCACACCACUCAGAGCAUGUAAGGGACUGUUACCCUAUAUAUUAAAGACGAGUGAGGAAGUAGACUUCGCACUCUGAUUCGAAAGAGGCAAGGCUCGAAUACACUUCAGCUCCAGUCAUUUCAGGACAUAAAAAAUGAAAUGCUAUGGGCAUUGUCAAGUUUCAUUUUUAAUAAAUUCCAACUCAACUUGACAACAAUCUACACCUCCCGGAGUUGCAAUCUACACAUUCCUGAGAGCAUGACUACUCAGAGCAAUUCUCCUAGAAUAGACUUAACUAAAUUACACAGUGGAUGAGGGGAAUUACAAUGGAGUCGACCCUUAAAUCUCAAGUGCCAGUUAAAAUUACAGGAACAAGUAAGAAGUGGUUUAUACAUACAUGUAUUCACUAAUAACUGAAACAUGAUCAAAUAUAUUUAGUUAUUUACAAACAGUUUACUAAUAGCUAAUAAACCUAUUAAUAAAGUUGUGCCUCUCCUCUCCCAGGUUUGCGCGGCGGCUCCACAAGAUGUUGCGGCGGUUGGUGCCGGAUUGCGACGUGCGUUUCUUGCGCUCGGAGGAUGGAAGUGGGAAGGGAGCGGCCAUGGUGACAGCAGUGGCGUUCCGGCUGGCUAUCCAGCAUGCCGGGCGGCAGCGUAUCCUGGACACUCUGCGUCUGAGCCAGGAGCAGCUGCUGGAGGUGAAGAGGAGGAUGGGAGAGGAGAUGAACAGAGGCCUGGCCAAGGAGAGUCAUGACCAGGCCACCGUCAAGAUGCUGCCCACCUUUGUCCGCUCCACGCCCGAUGGCACAGGUACAGGGUCAGGCGAGGAGGAGAUGGAGGGAGAGGGGUGGUAUCUGUGGGAUAAUCUCAAUGGCAUUUUCUUGAUUCCUUGUGUCGUCUCCUCGCCCCCUUUUCAAAACCAAUUGGAUUAGAAGGUCAGAGGGGAGGCACUGCUGACCUCAUCCAAUGGAGGACAAAGGAAAUGCAAUUGAGAUUCUCCAUGUGUGUAUGGUAGGAGAGGAAGCCAUAAGCUACCGAUGGGCCUUGAAAAUACUUGAAAAUAGACAGAUGUCCUUGGCAGGGCUAUAGCAGGAAACUGAGAAGAAGAAAGCCUUAAGCUGUUACAAAUAAAAACACAAACUCAAUAUACUUUAAAAGGACUCAAACCAAAUCGAAUUAAAAAUGAUAAUGGACCUACAUAGAGUUUCUUGACUGUGUCCAGCUCGCUAAUAAUCACCGAAAUGAAAGCUAGACAGUCAGGGAGCAUCGGAAAUUCCAAAAACGAUGGAUAGAGGACUAUUUUUAGCAAAUUAUUGACGGCGAGGAAAUGUAAUACAUUUUCAGUGCGGCCCUACGCACUGUUGAAGACCGAAUGCGGCCCCCGGGGUAAAAUUAGUUUGACACCCCUGGGUUAGAGAGAUGGGCCAGCAAUCAAAAGCUUAGCGGUUGGAAAUCCAUGGCUGACAAAAUGUAUGUUAGGAUGUGAACACCUACUGCUGUUGUACAAGGUACAUAACACAUUCUAAAAUGAUAUUUAGCAGUUUGGGGGUUAUCUUACUUUCUUCGCUUCUCUCCCCAUUGUCUGGCUCAUUGUGCUCACUGAACUCAUCAGAGCGCGGUGACUUCUUGGCCCUGGACCUGGGAGGGACCAACUUCCGGGUUCUGCUGGUGCGUGUGCGGAGUGGGAAGAGACGCAGUGUGGAGAUGCACAACAAGAUCUACGCCAUCCCCCAGGAGGCCAUGCAGGGCACUGGAGAGGAGGUAAACUGGGUUUUCACUGACAGCUGUUCUGAACUUGAGCAUCUCGCGCGACGAAGUUUCCCCCAUCCCUCCUGCUAAUUGGGGAACUUUUGCAAAUGUUUUGUUGUCUGAGUGAGGGAAAUGCUGUAAAUUAAGAGGACUCUGUGUUUUGAAAGAUGAGACUUUGUCACGCCCUGACUCAGGGGACGCUUAUAUGUUGAGUCAGGGUGUGUAUAUUCUUUGUUGUGUGUUUUCUAUGUUUCGAUCUAUUAUGUGUAGAUCUAUGUUGGCCGGUGUGGUUCCCAAUCAGAGGCAGCUGUAGCUCGUUGUCUCUGAUUGGGGAUCAUACUUAGGCAGCCUAUUGGCACUAGUGGGUUGUGGGAUCUUGUUCCUGUUAAGGUAUGUUGUGUGUGCUACCUUGGACUUCACAUUUCGUUUCAUUUGUUGUUUUGUCGUGGUGUUUAUUCAGUUUAAAUAAACAUGUACGUAUAUCACGCUGCGCCUUGGUCUGACCCGUCAUUCAACGCACGUGACAGAAGAUCCCACCAAACGAGGACCAAGCAGCGUGCCCAGGCGGAGCGGAUGGCCAUGUCACAGGUGGCCAAUUUGUGGUCAUGGGAGGAGAUAUUUGCGGGGAAAGGACCAUGGGCUAAGUUAGAUGCCCAGGCAGGAGAGGAGCAACGGCAACACGGAGGAGGCCGGUCGAGGAGGAAGCCCGAGAAGCAGCCCCAAUAAAUUUUUUUUGGGGGGGGCACACGGGGUGGUUGGCGGAGCCUAGGGUUAGAGCAGAGCCAACUCCUCGUACUCACGCGAAGAGGCGUAUGACUGGGCAAGCUCUGUGUUAUGCGGAGCUACGUACUGUGUCGCCAGUGCGCCGGCACAGUCCUGUACGUCCUGUGCUUGCACCACGCACGUGCCGUGCGAAGAUGGGCAUCCAGCCAGGACGGGGUGUGCCGGCUCAACGCUCCUGGUCUCCAGAACGCCUCCUUGGUCCCGCAUAUCCUGCGCCAGUUCUACGAACUGUAUCGCCAGUGCGCGUGCACAGCCCAGUGCAUCCUGUGCCAGCACCCCGCACGUGUAGUGCGAAAGUGGGUAGCCAGCCAGGACGGGUUGUGCCAGCUCUCCGCUCUAGACCUCCAGUCCGCCUCCACAGUCCGGCCCGGCCUGUUCCUGCUCCUCGCACCAAGCCAGUGGUGCUCGUCGCCAGCCCGGCCCGGCCUGUUCCUGCUCCUCGCACCAAGCCAGUGGUGUGCGUCGCCAGCCCGGCCCGGCCUGUUCCUGCUCCUCGCACCAAGACAGCCCAGUCCAGCUCCGGUCAGCGGCUCCUGUCCAGACGAUGACGUCAGCCCCUCUCCAGGUUCGGGGUCUCCCACACAGGGUCCAGACAGGGCCUGGCGUAUCGUGGGAGGAAGGAGAGGGGAAGCAGCGCGCCGAGGUCCAGACCAGACCAGGGGCGCAACAGGGAGGCGGAGAGUGAGAGGUCGUCACGCCCCGAGCCGGAUCCGCCUCUGAGGCGGAAUGCCCACCCGGCCCCUACCCUGUUAUGUUUAUGUUGUGCGGUCGGAGUCCGCACCUUUGGGGGGGGGGUACUGUCACGCCCUGACUCAGGGGACGCUUAAAUGUUGAGUCAGGGUGUGUAUAUUCUUUGUUGUGUGUUUUCUAUGUUUUGAUCUAUUAUGUGUAGAUCUAUGUUGGCCGGUGUGGUUCCCAAUCAGAGGCAGCUGUAGCUCGUUGUCUCUGAUUGGGGACCAUACUUAGGCAGCCUAUUGGCACUAGUGGGUUGUGGGAUCUUGUUCCGUGUGAGGUAUGUUGUGUGUGCUACCUUGGACUUCACGUUUCGUUUCAUUUGUUGUUUUGUCGUGGUGUUUAUUCAGUUUAAAUAAACAUGUACGUAUAUCACGCUGCGCCUUGGUCUGACCCGUCAUUAGACGAACGUGACAGACUUUGAGGAUUAUAAUAAAUACCGCUUUGAUGUCAUACAAGCAAGCCAAACACCCUUGAGUUCAAAUGUGCACUUCAUAACCCCAAAUCAUAAAACUCAUGUCAUAUACAGGGUCAACGUUUAUGAUCACUAUGUUUGAUGUACAGUUACAGGAUGACAUGACGUCAUACCCAGGGUUGUUCUGAACAGAAUGAGCCAAUGUUUAUCUAUUGUGAAGAAAAUGUGCCAUUGCACACGCACCUAAAUGCACUUAUAACUUCUUUCUAUACACACCAAAAGUAUCUAUUUCCCUGAAUUGCAUAGUGAAAGCCUACCACUGUAAAAUUGUAUUUUAUAACUUAGCUAUUCAUGCUGGCAAUAGAACAAGCUUUCAAAUUAUGUCCACUUGACCCUGAUUGCGAUUUAUAAUGGACCGUUUUUUGGAUUGCGUAAACAACAACAGUAAUUGUCUGAUGGAGGGGAUGCAGGGUUGUGUUCCAAACAAAACAACUACUAGUGUGCUUGCUCUAGUUCCUCAACGGCACAGCUAGGAGAUCUGAAAAAACACCUUAUAGUUGAAGACUCUUUUUUGAGUCAUAAAAGUACAAUGAAAUUACUUAGGAACUGUGCACACUUUGGAGAGGUGUGUGGCCACUUGGAGACACUAGUUAGUCCUCUCACUCAAACCCUUGUAAAAAUAUUUUCUUAUGUUGCACCUACCCCACAUUUUCCAGGAAUAUUAUUAUCAUGUUACUGAAUGUAUCUAGAGUAUUUAUCAACAAAUGCGGCGAAAAGUACAGUAAAUGUAAAAUACACAUGAAGUCAACAGUGUAAUGUUUGGAUUCAGUCUUGUCAGGUGAACUGUUGUGAACUCACCUUUGGUCUGAUCAUUUUCGUAUAAUCUCCAAACUGUUCCCUCUCAAUGGCUACCAUGGUGAUGCAUUUCAUAUUUCUUCUGUAAGAAACAUUUCAAUUUAGCCAAAUCCACAUAGGCCAAUUCCCACAAGUGUAAAGUGUUAAUUGGCUAUUGUUUCUUCUAUCUCGUAUAAAUCUAUGACAAGCUUAGGACUAUAGACUCCGACUUUCAUUCUGGUUCUUUUUGAAAGACUGUAGGACAACAGUACCUUCUUAGGCUAUUCAAAUAUUAGGGAAAUAGGCUACUGUUCAUAACUUUCAUUUGUUUUCAGACUUUUAUGAUAGGCGUAGGAGGAUAGGUUAUUGGCCAUUUGGAUUUCAACAUCACAUGGAGGGAUCUUUUCGCCCCGCACUGAUAAUUUAUUUCUUAAACAGCUUGAACUUGAUUAAACUUUUCAUUCGAUUUUUAUAUAGGCCAUUGAUAUUGUUUGUUCUCUCUCAGUAUCAGAUUUUAGGAUAUUCAAACAACUUUGAGAUGGAACGCCGUUAGAGUCAUUCAUUGUUUGAUCAGGAGAGAAAGCAUGCAUGCAUAAAACAAUGAAAGCAUAGCCUAGCCCAAAGUCAUAUUUAUAUCGAAUGGAGAGACAAGGGAAUAUAGCCUACGUUUUUUUUUAACAGCUAGACAAUAUAGUUAAGGAGUGUCCGUUAUAAAAAAUGUAUACGUUUAGGCUAUGAGGCUCAUGCAUCCGACAGAGCGAGAGCAAGAUAAAUAAUAUUUUCUGAAUGGAAAUGUUGUGCUGCUUUGGUGGAAUUCUGUCUAGUCUACAUUCCUCUCUUGCAUUCUGUAGGACUAUACAACAUAGGCUAUUUAUUGAAAUAAGCUAAAGCAAAUAGGAAUGGGCAGAUUACUUGUGUGCUGCCCUGCCUUCCGCUGCCCUACCGUCCGCUGCCCUACUCCAUUGUUUACUGCGCAGCGCCAGUCAAGUUCAAAUAGGCUAAACCAUCGUCUGUCACAUCACGAUGUCGUCACCAUCGACGAUGGCUUUCAAUUAUCAUCGAUAGAUAUAUAAUAUCGCCCAACCCUAAUAGGUAGAGCACAGUCCCAGUCCACUGCAUUGGUCAUUUGACCUAUCUUUUCUCUCUUUCUCACUCACUCCCUCUUUUCUAUUUCUCUUUCUCUCUUUCCUCUCUCUCAUUCUCUCUCUCUCUCUAUUCUCUCUCACCCGGUCAGCUGUUUGACCACAUAGUGCACUGCAUCGCUGACUUCCUGGAGUACAUGGGUAUGAAAGGAGCGUCCUUGCCCCUCGGCUUCACCUUCUCCUUCCCCUGCCAUCAGAGCAAACUGGACCAGGUAACAAAGCAAACACACACACACCACACAUACACAAAAAGCAAUGCAUUUCAAUCAUUUCUUUAUCGAUUGAAACACUGCUGAACCUCUCACAGACAAAACGUUGAGAAGACUAGACUGUUCAUUCCCAUCGCAAAGUUUGGAAGGACAAGUGUUGACAGGAGUGGUUGGAGAGCAGCACAUGGUCUAUUCAUGCAUACUGUAGGUGCCUAUAGCCUGUGAUCCUGACAUAGCAUAGACUAAUCAACACUCUGCUCAGGACCAGGUAAAGAUGCCUGUCCUAAUGUGAUGUCCAUUCCUCCUCCCUCUCCUCCUCCUCAGGGCAUCUUGCUAAAAUGGACCAAGGGUUUCAAAGCUACUGGCUGCGAGGGGGAGGAUGUUGUCACUCUACUGAAGGAUGCUAUCCACCGCAGAGAGGUCAGAGGUCACACCAACCCACUGGGCUUUCUCACAAUCCUACACUGCCCAGAAUCAAAACAGUACCCGUAGGAUCUGAAAUCCUUGAAAAAUUUUACAUGAUACCAUGAAAGUACACCGUCCGUAGCCUUUUUGGAAAUGUAUAUUAAAGUACACCAAUCUGAAAUCUGAAAUCCUCUGGUUAUAGAACAGGGUUCCAUGUUAGUGAUCCGUACGUCUUCAUGUUGUUGUAGGAGUUUGACCUGGACGUGGUUGCCGUGGUGAAUGAUACGGUGGGCACCAUGAUGACCUGUGGUUACGAGGACCCACUGUGUGAGGUGGGCCUCAUCGUAGGUGAGUCUCAGAGUCUUCUGGAUGUGCCUUCUGGGCCACAAGCACAGGCUGUAACAGAUCAAAAACGGCCUCCCUUUAAUUUCAGUGAGUGUCCUCACUCACUCACUCACUCACUUCCCCUCUCUCCAGGUACUGGCACCAACGUGUGCUACAUGGAGGAGAUGCAGAACGUGGAGCUGGUGGAGGGGGACGAGGGGAGGAUGUGUGUUAACAUGGAGUGGGGGGCGUUCGGGGACCACGGGGAGCUGGACGACUUCAGCACAGACUUCGACAGAGCCGUCGACGAGCGAUCCACCAACCCUGGCGAACAGAUGUAGACUGUUACUGUUUAUUUGCAGUUGUGUUAUAAUAAAGCAAUAAGGCCCGAGGGGGUGUGGUGUAUGGCCAAUAUACCACGGCUUUCAUCCAAUCAGUAUUCAGGGCUCGACCCACCCAGUUUAUAAUAAAGAAAGAACACCCUUAGUUGAGGUGUUGACUUACAGAGGAUGAACUGAACAAAUGAAAAAAGUUACUAACUCGUAUCUCCUUCUUGUGAGUGUAUUGGAUGUAUUAUUUACUGUUUGUUCAAGUUGAUUGAUGUAUAUUUGGAGGCUGGGGACUACUAGACACACACCAGGGCAAUAACACUUUAAACCAUAAAGCCUGAUAUGUGGUUUUCCAGGGGUAAGCCACAGGAAUCAAGUGUCUCUGUCUCUCUCUCUCUCUCUGUCAGGUAUGAGAAGAUGAUCAGUGGGAUGUACCUUGGGGAGAUAGUGAGGAACGUACUGCUGGAGUUCACUGCUAAGGGACUGCUGUUCCGAGGCAAACUCUCUGAGAGGCUCAAGACCAGAGGCAUCUUUGAAACCAAGUUCCUCUCCCAGAUCGAGAGGUGAGUCAGUGUCUAGUGUCUGGUCAUGUUUGUGGCAACCACACCUUCAAUCAAUAUCUAGUGUUGAUGCAUGACGAGCAAGAGGAAGUUUGGAAAAGUGUUUCAUUAAAAGGUUGAUUAAAAGUUGACAGCCAUGGUGGAAGCAAUGUGUGAAUGCCUUUUUCUGUGUAUCAAAGCUAUUGGAUUUCGAUAUGUCUAGCAUAGGAUGGAGAACAACAUUGUGUGCACUUUGUUGAUUUGAUAUAGAUCUUGUGGAUAUUCACUUGACUGUUGUCUGUAACUGUGCCCUCCCCCCCCGUCAGUGACCGUCUGGCCCUGAGGCAGGUGCGCUCCAUCCUGCAGCACCUGGGUCUGACCAGCUCUACGUGUGACGACAGCAUCCUGGUGAAGGAGGUGUGUAGCGUGGUGGCUUGCCGCGCUGCCCAGCUCUGUGGUGCCGGCCUAGCCGCCGUGGUCGAUAAGAUCCGGCAGAACCGCAACCUCCCUGAGCUCAAAAUCACAGUGGGUGUCGACGGAACACUCUACAAACUACACCCACAGUGAGUGGUUGUUUUUUUGUGAUAAUACUGUCAGGUUAAAGCUUAAAGCACAAAACACAGACUCAACCACAAAGACCAGGGAGGUUUUCCAAUGCCUCGCAGUGAAGGGCACCUAUUGGUGAAUGGGGAAAAAAAGGAAAAAAGCAGACAUUGAAUAUCCCUUUGAGCAUGGUUAAGUUAUUAAUUACACUUUGGAUUUCACCAUGAGGCCACUAAUUACUUUAAAACAGUUAGUUUAAUGGCUGUAAUAGGAGGUAACUAAGGAUGGAUCAACAAUGUUACACAAUACUAACCUAAUUUACAGAGUGAAAAGAACGAUUAAAAACAUGCAUCCUGUUUGCGGUGAGUGGUUAUUAGAUUGUCUUUUUGUGAUAAUACUGUCAGGUUAAAGCUUAAAGCUAUACUCCAGGGCCCGUAUUCAUGAAGUGUCUCAGAGUGUGACUGCUGAUAUAGGAUCAGUUUUGCCUUUUAGAUCAUAAUGAAUAUGAUUAUAUGGGUGUACUCUCCUACUCCUAGAUCAGCACUGUUGUUCCUAUACUUUUUAAUACAGGCCCAGAGGUUAAUUGCUCAUUUACAGUGCCUUCAGAAAGUAUUCACACCCCUUGACCUUUUCCACAUUUUGUUGUGUUACAGCCUGAAUUUAAAAUUUUAAGAUUUUGUGACACUGGUCUACACACAAUACCCCAUAAUGUCAAAGUGGAAUAAUUUUUUUAGAAUUUUUUACAAAUUAAUUACAAAUGAAAAGCUGAAAUGUUUUAAGUCAAUAAGUAUUCAACCCCUUUGUUAUGGCAAGCCUAAAUAAAUUCAGGAGUAAAAAUGUGCUUAACAAGUCACAUAAUAAGUUGCAUGGACUAAUAAUAGUGUUUACCAUGAUUGUUUCAAUAACUACCUCAUCUCUGUGCCACACACAUACAAUUACAGUGGCUUAUGAAAGUAUUCACCCCCCUUGGCAUUUUUCCUUUUUUGUUGCCUUACAACCUGGAAUUAAAAUUGUUUUUGGGGGGUUUGUAUCAUUUGAUUUACACAACAUGCCUACCACUUUGAAGAUGCAAAAUAUUUAUUUGUUGUAAAAAAAAAAAAUAAGACAAAAAAACAGAAAACUUGAGCGUGCAUAACUAUUCACCCCCCCCCCCCCCCCCCAAAGUCAAUACUUUGUAGAGCCACCUUUUGCAGCAAUUACAGCUGCAAGUCUCUUGGGGUAUGUCUCUAUAAGCUUGGCACAUCUAGCCACUGGGAUUUUUGCCCAUUCUUCAAGGCAAAACUGCUCCUGCUCCUUCGUUGGAUGGGUUCCACUGGUGUACAGCAAUCUUUGUCAUACCACAUAUUCUCAAUUGGAUUGAGGUCUGGGCUUUGGCUAGGCCAUUCCAAGACAUGUAAAUGUUUCCCCUUAAACCACUCGAGUGUUGCUUUAGCAGUAUGCUUAGGGUCAUUGACCUGAAGGAAGGCACUGAAGUAAAACUGCAAAAAAUGUGGCAAAGAAAUUCACUUUAUGUCCUGAAUACAAAGCGUUAUGUUUGGGGCAAAUUUUGGGAUAAAAAGAAACGGAAUAGAGCUAAGCACAGGCAAAAUCCUAGAGGAAAACAUGGUUGUCUGCUUUCCAACAGACACUGGGAGACAAAUUCACAUUUCAAUUUCAGCAGGACAAUAACCUUAAACACAAUGCCAAAUAGGUUAUAAAGUGGAGUUGCUUACCAAGAUGACAUUGAAUGUUCCUGAGUGGCCUAGUUACAGUUUUGACUUAAAUCAGCUUGAAAAUCUAUGGCAAGACUUGAAAAUGGCUGUCUAGCAAUGAUCAACAACCAACUUGACAGAGCUUGAAGAGUUUUAAAAGGAUUGUGCAAAUAUUAUACAAUCCAGGUGUGCAAAGCUCUUAGACUUACCCAGAAAGACUCAAAGCUAUAAUCGCUGCCAAAGGUUCUAAGCUGUAUUGACUCAGGGGUGUGAAUACCUAUGUAAAUGAGAUAUUUCUGUAUUUCAUUUUCAAUAAAUUAGCAAAAAUGUCUAAAAACAUGUUUGUACUUUGUCAUUAUGAGGUAUUGUGUGUAGGUGGUUGAGGGAAAAUGUCUAUGUAAUCAAUUUUGAAUUCAGGCUGUAACAUAACAAAAUGUGGAAAAAGUCAAUGGGUAUGAAUACUUUCUGAAGGUGCUGUAACUAGACAUGUGGAAGUGUUUUACUUUAUAGUCUUUAGGUUUCUCUUUCUUUUUUUAUCUGACUGAAUGUAUGAAUAAAAUUAGUGGGCGUCAAAAAGAUAAACAUUGAGAUCCCCUAAUCUAACUUUUUCUGCAAAGCUGUCUGUUUCCAUGGUUUUGAUUUCGAAGUUAUGUGUAAAUGUUAACAUGCUCAAAAGGUAAAAAAAAAAAUAAAAAAUGUAGGCUACAAAAUAUAGUUAUUUUAAAAGUUACUUGUGGUUUCUUUAUUCAUUUUAAAACCUAAUAUAUUUAAUUGUAGUGAUAUAGUGUUGAAAUCAGCUGUAAGCAUCUAGGAAUCCUAAAGUCUAGCCUCAAAUGCCUUUUCUCAUCAUCUUUUUACAGUAGCUGUGUGUACAUGUGCAUCUGCCUAUGUGUUUGCCUCAUUCUCUUGCCUCUGGCCAUGUGAGCUCACUCCCCUGCAUUCCCUGCAGCUUCUGGUCUGUCUAUGUUCAGUAAGAAUAUUGUAACCUGCCUCUCAUCUCUCUUCUUAUCUCUCGUCUUCACAGCUUCUCCAGCCUCAUGCAUGAGACUGUCAGGGACCUGGCGCCGCAGUGCGAGGUCACUUUCCUCCAAUCAGAGGAUGGCAGUGGGAAGGGGGCGGCUCUCAUAACGGCGGUGGCCUGUCGCAUCCGAGACGCCGAGCAAUGCUGAGUGGGGGGUUCUGUGUACACCGAGGACAAGGACUGUGUCCCAAAUGGCACCCUAUUUACUAUGUAGUGCACUACAUUUUACCAGAGCUCUUUGGUCAAAAGUAGUGUACUAUAUAGGGGGUAGGGGGCCAUUUGGGACACAGCCAUGGACUGGAUCACAACAGGGACAGCACAGGAUGACAAAGGGAUACUGGAAAAGGAGCACGACUUACUUAGAUUUGCUGGGCCACAUCGCAUCUGUUAA